CUCAAAUCUUCAAAUUCAGGCAGAAAACAAAAUAUGGAUGAUUUAUUUGACGUUUUCGAUGAAGUUCCUAACAGUGAUGUGUUAGAGAAGGGAAAUUUAAAUCCCAGUGCCACCUCAUCUUCUCAAAAGAGAAAAACUGAAGACAAAGAGGAGAAAGAGGAGGAAAAGGAGGUGAACAAUAGCAAAAAAUCAAGAAGAUACGAGGCGAAGUUGAUUGAGAACAAAGAGAAGAAAAAUGUCAAGGAUGUGAUACCGGUUGUAGCGGACAAUUUGGAAAUUGAAGCGUCUCGUGAAGUGGAUGCCUCUGAUGGAUUGAUGUCUAGACCACAAGGAGAUAAUUCCGACAAUGCUACGACUCUUCAGACAGAGAAUCAAGGAACUGCAGCUAAUAAAGUGCAAUUGAAACAUCAGGUUCGUCAUCAAGUUGCAGUCCCACCGGGCUAUGAUUAUGUGCCAAUUGGCCAACAUAAACGUAAGGAGGAAGCCCGUACAUACCCCUUUACAUUAGAUCCCUUCCAAGAUACAGCAAUAUCAUGUAUUGAUAGAGAAGAGUCAGUGUUAGUCUCUGCACAUACAUCUGCUGGUAAAACUGUUGUUGCCGAGUAUGCUAUUGCUCAAUCACUCAAAGAUCAUCAAAGGGUUAUUUACACUUCCCCGAUCAAAGCAUUGAGUAAUCAAAAAUAUAGAGAAUUGCAGGCCGAAUUUGGGGAUGUUGGUUUAAUGACUGGUGAUGUGACUAUAAACCCAGAUGCAGGAUGUUUGGUUAUGACAACAGAAAUUUUGAGGAGUAUGUUGUACCGGGGUUCGGAAAUUAUGAGGGAAGUUGGUUGGGUAAUUUUUGAUGAAGUUCAUUACAUGAGAGACAAAAACAGAGGUGUGGUUUGGGAAGAGACUAUUAUCUUGCUACCAGACAAUGUACACCACGUUUUCUUAUCAGCUACAAUCCCUAAUGCCAUGGAAUUUGCUGAAUGGAUCUGCAAAAUUCAUAACCAACCAUGUCACAUUGUCUAUACCGAUUUUAGACCUACCCCAUUGCAACAUUAUCUAUUUCCAACAGGUGGUGAAGGUAUUCACUUAGUUGUGGAUGAGAAGGGAACUUUCAAGGAGCAAAACUUUCAAAAAGCUAUGUCUUCAAUUAGCAAUGGUAUGGGUGAUGAUUCUGGGUCGAUUGAUUCGAGAAAGGGCGGAAAGUCUUGGAAAGGUGGAGUCAAGGAUGGGAAAUCAGACAUAUACAAGAUUGUCAAAAUGAUAUGGGUGAAGAAGUAUAACCCAGUUAUUGUUUUCUCUUUCUCAAAGAGGGAUUGUGAGGCCCUUGCUAUGAAAAUGUCUAAAUUAGACUUCAACACAGAUGAGGAAAGGUCAAUGCUAACUAAAAUUUAUGAUAAUGCGAUUCAAAUGUUACCUGAAGAUGACAGAGAAUUACCUCAAAUCAAACACAUCCUACCGUUGCUCAAAAGAGGUAUUGGUAUUCACCAUUCCGGUUUAUUACCCAUUUUGAAGGAAAUUAUUGAAAUUCUGUUUCAGGAAGGUUUCUUAAAAGUGCUUUUUGCUACAGAAACAUUUUCCAUCGGAUUGAAUAUGCCUGCUAAAACUGUUGUUUUUACUUCUGUUAGAAAAUGGGAUGGUAUUGGAUUCCGUUGGGUAUCUGGAGGUGAGUAUAUUCAAAUGUCAGGAAGAGCAGGACGUAGAGGUUUGGAUGAUCGUGGUAUUGUUAUCAUGAUGAUUGACGAAAAAAUGGAACCGCAAAUUGCCAAGGGUAUGGUGAAGGGUGUUGCCGAUAGAUUGGACUCGGCAUUUCACUUGGGAUAUAACAUGAUUUUGAAUUUGUUGAGAGUUGAAGGUGUUUCCCCAGAAUUCAUGUUACAAAACUCUUUUUUUCACUUCCAAAACAUAGUAGCAGUUCCUCUUCUUGAAAAGAAAAUAGACGAGAUGAAAGAUGAAAUUGAUACCAUUGAAAUUGAAGAUUAUGAUACUGUUAAGGAAUACUAUGAUAUUAAACAGCAGAUGCUGGGCUAUAAAGAAGACUGCAGAAAAAUCAUCACCCAUCCAAGUAACAUUUUACCUCACCUUAAGAGUGGAAGAAUGAUUAGAGUGAGUGUUGCCGGUCAGGAUUAUGGUUGGGGUAUUGUAAUCAGCUAUUCCAAGUUUGAAAACAGAAGAGUGAACGGCUCCAUUCAAAGUGUUACAGACCAUGAUAGUUAUAUCGUUAAAGUAUUUGUCAACACGAUGUUUGCGGAUGCCCCAGUUAAACUUAUUAAACAAUUUGACACCAAUCUUCCCCUUGGAAUAAGACCAGCUAGAAAAGGAGAGGAAUCAAUUACCGAGAUAAUACCAAUAACCUUGAAUUCUAUCCAAAAUAUCAGUAGUUGCAGAUCCAUUUUACCGAAAGACUUGAACAGCAAACAAUCCAGAAAAACUUUGAAUAAGGCUUUGAAGGAAAUUGUUAAAAGGCAUCCUGACGGAUUACCGAUUUUGGAUCCUAUCAAAAAGAUGAAGAUCGAGGAUGAAGAUUUUGCGAUGCUCUUAAAGAAAAUUUCAAUAUUAGAAACAAAGUUAGAAACGAGUCCCUUGUUCCAUUCAUCGAAGCUAAAUGAGUUGUAUGAAAAAUAUGCGAAGAAGGCUGAGUUAGAGGAAAAUAUCAAAAAAACCGAGUUGAAGAUUGCCGCAGUUCAAUCGAAUAUUCAAUUGGACGACUUAAAGCGCCGUAAAAGGGUGCUAAGACGGUUGGGUUUCAUUUCCCAGGAUGAUAUUGUUGACUUGAAAGGUAAAGUUGCUUGUGAAAUCAGUACUGGUGAUGAGCUUCUUCUCACAGAAUUAAUUUUCAACGGUACAUUCACCGACCUUACGCCAUCUCAAUGUGCUUCUCUUUUAUCUUGUUUUGUUUUCCAGGAAAGGUCGAAGGAAACUAGAAAGCCUAACCCACUUUUGGAUGAACCAUACAAGAAUUUAGCAGAAAUGGCUAGCAAAAUUGCCAAAGUUACCAAAGAGGCUAAAAUAGAAAUCACAGAAAAAGCUUAUGUGGAAUCUUUCCGAUCAGAACUAAUGGACGUUGUGUAUCGCUGGUGCGAAGGUGCUACCUUCACUGAGAUUUGCCAGAUGACCGAUGUUUAUGAGGGCUCCUUAAUCAGAACGUUCAGAAGAUUAGAAGAAUUGUUGAAACAGAUUGUCGAUGCUGCUAAAACAAUCGGUAAUACUGCCUUAGAGGAAAAAAUGAGUGAAUCUGAAAAAUUAAUUCACAGAGGUAUCAUUUCAGCAAAUUCCUUGUAUUUAUAGUUACAGCAUUUAUAUAUUAUUACCCUGAUAUUUGUAUAUUUUUCGCUUAAAUAAAAUGUCUGUCAGCAUAACUAGGAGUUACAUCAAUUCAGUUAGUGGCUCUUCUACCGAU